AUUAGGUUAUCUUCGCUCUCGCUUCGCUCGGUUCGUCGCGACCGCGGGAUGUCAUAGUCGGUCGGCGUGUUGUUUAUUAUCGCGACAGACCGAGGGAAACGAUUGUUCCUGUUAAACAGCCACCUCCUCGCCUUCACCAUCAUGCCUGCAUACCAUUCAAGCUUUACCAAGAGCCAUGGCACCAUCGGAAAUAUGGCGCUGUUGCCGAUCAAAACCACAUUUAGAGGUCCAGCACCUCCCUUCAACAACAAGGAACAAGAUAUAAUUGACGAGGCAUUAUACUUCUUCAAGGCAAAUGUGUUUUUCAGGACGUACGAGAUCAAGAGCGAGGCUGACAGGGUUUUAAUCUAUAUUACUCUCUUUAUCACGGAGUGUUUAAAAAAAUUACAAAAAUGUGCGACCCAGCCGCAAGCCAUGAACGAGAUGUUCUCUCUUGCUAUCUCCAAAUUCGAUGUUCCCGGUGAUCCCGGCUUUCCUUUGAAUUCCGUGUAUGCCAAACCGAGCAGUCCUGCCGAAGCGGAUCUCAUGAGACAGUAUCUCCAUCAGAUCAGGCAGGAGACUGCUGUCAGGAUUGUCGAAAAGGUAUAUGGUGAGGCUGGGAAGCCGAGUAAAUGGUGGCUCUGCUUCGCGAAAAAGAAAUUCAUGGACAAGUCGCUGUCAGGACCCGGGCAAUGAGAGUUCUUCUGUAUAUUGUUUUUAAAUUAACUUCCUUUAUAAUUGUUUUAAAAUAUAUGUGAUCAAAA